AUGUUUUCAUAUAGGCAUUGCAUUAAUCCAGAGCUAGUUGGAAAAAUUCCAACAUUGAGCUCCGUUCAAAGUAUUGAAGAAAAUCUGCCGAGCAAGUUGGAAGCAAUAAGUUCAAAAGCAAAAUUAAAGUACAAUAAACUUGAGGUAAAAAAUGUGGAACAGCCAAAGGGGUUUAACAGAGAGUUGUUUAUACCAAAAUUGCCAUUGCUUUCUUUGAGAACUAAGAGAAUCAAGAGAAAUGAGAAAAAGGUGAAAAAGCUGGUGAAAGAGACGAAAAGGUCAAAAUCACUAUUGAGAUCUCACCAUUAUAUGAAGAAUAAACCAAAAGCUUUAGAGGUGACUUCUACUGAUAUUUAUAAUUGAAAGCAGCUAUCAGAUGAAUUGAGGUUUGAGGAGCUAGAAAUAAGGCAGAAUAAACUUACAAAACCGUCAAGGUUGAAUAAAAGCUGCCUUGAGCAUAACGAAAUCUUAUAUAAAAAGCCCUUAAAGUCUCCUUUAGGAACCACUGUAUAUGAAAAAACUAGAUCACCAAUUAUCUCUCCAAAAAGAUCACCAAGACCUGCUGCAAAUGAGUAUCCUGCUCAAUUAAGAAGUCUAGAUAUCUCAGAUGAGAAUAUUGAUACGCUAAAAGAAAAAGAAAGCACUAAAAACACAGAAUUUUCUGUUAAAGGAUCUCAAGCAUUUCAAAGUAUUAAUAGUCCAAGAUACAAUAAGUCUUGAAAUGAUUUAACUGCAGUCCAAAUUAAUUUUCAGAAUUUCGUGAUGAAAAGCUAUAAUAAGGUGUUCUCAGCUAUUGAUACAAAUUCAAAUGGAUUUUUUACAUAUAGUGAUGUUUGCAAAUUUGUAGACAGCAAAAUAAAUGAAAAUAAUCAAAAAAUUUGUGAAAGCUUUUGAGGUGCGAUCUGCAUUGUUUGCAAUAAGCCAAGGAUCGCAAAAUCAGAUUUUUUAUCAAUAUGCUCUGUUAUAGAGCAUAACAAAGAAGAUGAUUUCGACUACUUUAAUAAUUUAGACGAAAAAAGAUUUUUGCAACUGAGAAAGCAGCUUAUUGAGCUAAAAGAGCUUUUUUCUUGCUAUUCACUUGGGCACAAAAUUGAGAGUCAAGUAUUGAGAAAAAUCAUUGAAAACUUGCAGAACAAUGAGCAUCUGCUCAAAAUGGAACCUAUUAUAGCCUCUCAGACUAUUGAUUUUUCAAGGUUUCUUAGAUAUUUGCCUUUCUUUAUUCAUCUUCAUAAGGAGAUUACAAAUGUUCUUAAUUCAAAUUAA